AUGUCCUUCAAACACGAGAGCGUCUGCAAGAAGCGGCAGGAGCGUAAAGAGCAAGGGGAAAGGAGGCCUGUGUCUGUGUGCAAUGAGAGCUGUCCUCCAGGCACCAGGAAGGCUGUACAGAAAGGCAGGCCUGUCUGCUGCUAUGACUGUAUACCAUGUGGAGAGGGUGAGAUCAGCAGUGAAACAGAUUCGAAUAACUGCGAACUGUGCCCAGGACAAUACUGGCCAAAUCCUGGCAGAGAUAAAUGUGUAUUAAAAGCUCUCGAGUUUCUCUUAUUCACAGAGGUUAUGGGAAUAGUCUUACUGUUUUUUUCAUUGUUUGUUGUCUUUUUAACUGUAAUCACAGCCAUUAUUUUUAUGUUAACGAUGGAUACACCUAUUGUUAGAGCCAAUAACUCAGAGCUGAGUUUCCUGCUGCUCUUCUCAUUAAAAUUGUGUUUCCUUUGUUCUCUUACUUUCAUUGGUCGGCCCUCUGAGUGGUCCUGUAUGUUGCGUCACACAGCGUUUGGGAUCACCUUUGUUCUCUGCAUCUCCUGUGUUCUGGGGAAAACAAUAGUGGUGUUAAUGGCCUUCAGAGCCACUCUUCCAGGCAGUAAUGUCAUGAAGUGGUUUAGGCCUCUGCAACAGAGACUCAGUGUUCUUGGCUUCACUCUCAUACAAGUGCUUAUAUGUGUCCUGUGGUUAACUAUAUCUCCUCCAUUCCUAUACAAGAAUAUGAACCUUUUCAAAGACAAAAUCAUUCUUGCAUGUGAUGUGGGUUCAGCUAUAGGAUUCUGGGCAAUAUUAGGCUAUAUUGGACUCCUUGCACUCUUGUGUUUCAUACUGGCUUUUCUAGCUCGUAAACUGCCUGAUAACUUUAAUGAGGCCAAAUUCAUCACAUUUAGUAUGUUGAUAUUCUGUGCAGUCUGGAUCACUUUUAUUCCUGCUUAUGUCAGCUCUCCAGGACAAUUUACUGUAGCUGUGGAGAUAUUUGCUAUUUUGGCAUCCAGCUUUCGUUUAUUGUUUUGUAUAUUUGCUCCAAAGUGUUAUAUUAUUCUAAUACGGCCUGAAUUAAACACAAAGAAGCAUAUGAUGGGUAAAAUGCCUUCUAAGUCUCUGUAG